AUGCAAAUGCCAAGUCCAACUAUGAAGCAAACCAACGUUUCCGAUCAGAACAUGUCCAAGAAUCACAUCUCUCCCACCCGACACAAGUUUCGCUCUAGAAGGAGGAAAACCAUUUCUGCUCGCCCCUUGGUCGCAUAUGAUAUCAACGACACUAACAGUCCCUACUACAAGGGUCUCACCGACCAAUCCCUUGCUAUUGUCGAUGCCAUACCCUCCUGCGCACAACCUCAUCAUCCUCAUACCCCUCCCACUGACCUCCUUUCCAGUCCUUAUUAUAAAGGCCUUACAGACUAUUCCCUUGCUCUUGGCCCUUGGAAUCCUCACAACCAUCCUAUUCCUUUUCCCAACAGCUCCCUCUCAUACCCCUCUAGUCCUUACUAUAGAGGUCUUCUCACUGACUACUCCCUUGUACUUCAUGCACCAUCACUUCAACCUCCUUUCAAUAACUUCCAACCUUCUAUCAGAACUAGGGAAGGGCUAACGCCAAAACUCUCACUACCAAACAUCAAGCCUGACUCUACUUUGAAGGACUUGAUGGUCGAUGCUGAUCAAGUUGACUUUCUUCUUACCCAAGAAAGUAAUGAAGUUGGGAAUUGUGCAUUAUUGGAAGAACUUGGUGAGAAAACAACUCCGGAGGAGAUUGAAAAAGGGGUUGAUGAAGAGAAGCCAUUGAGAGAGAAUGGAUCAGAGACGAUCAUGGUUGAGAGUGUGUUAGAGGACAAAGCAGAGAAAAUGAUGUUGGAGAAGAUCGAAGAAUUGAUGACAGACGGGGUCAACGAGGAUGUUAAUAUGGUGAUUGAAGAGAAGCCAUUGAGGGAGAGUGUAUUAGAGCAGGCAAGUGAUAAGGUUGAGGGUGUAUUAGAAGAAACAAUCUUGGAUACGAAGAUGAUGACGAGUUAUGAUGUUAUUGAAGAGAAGCCAUUGAGGGAGAGAGUAUCAGAAACAAGGGAGGAUGUAGUGAUGGAUGUGCGGAAGGAAGAGGAAGGGAAAGGCUUGUCUGUUGUUUCUAAACAAGCAGUUGUUGUUGCAUCAGAAUCUCAAUUGAAAGAGGGAAGAGAUGUUUACGACUAUAUAUGGGCAGCCAAAUACCAACCCAUGACCUUGGAAGAGUUCAUCUGCAACAAAGAUAAAGCACAUUACCUCAAAACAAUGGUAAAAAAUGGUUGUGGGUGCAGUCACUUUAUAUUUGAAGGACCACCAAGUGUGGGAAAGAGAUCCAUGAUCCGGGCUAUGCUUCGAGAGGUAUUUGGCGACGACAGGGUCCAGGUGACCGAAGAAUAUAAAAACUUCAAUUUGAAGGGAGAAAUGGUUGAUAAUGUGCAAGUGCGCGUGAAGAAAUCACUCCAUCAUGUUGAGGUCAAUCUGUCAGAGACAAAUGGAUACGAAAAGCAUGUAAUUGUUGAUUUAUUCAAGGAAACAUAUGGGGAGGUGGUAGAUAACUCGCAGCCAUGUUGCCCAGAAAACUGCAAAGCUAUCGUUUUGUAUGAGGCGGAGAGGCUAUCGAUAGAAUCGUUGCUGUAUAUUAAGUGGCUACUGGAAAAGUAUAAAGGGUGUAAUAAGGUUUUCUUCUGUUGUUCUGAUGAAUCAAAGCUCCAACCUGUGAAGCCACUUUGCAUCACUCUCCGCCUUUCAUCACCAUCAACCCAAGAGCUUUUCACCCGACAGCUUGUUCAAAUUUUGGAAAAUAUUGCAAAAGAAGAAGGAAUAGAGAUAUCACGCCACUUGGUGGAGAACAUAAUUUGGAGGUCCAAAAACAAUCUAUGCCAAGCCAUUCGUUCAUUGGAGGCCACUUGCCGAAACAAGGAUGCUCUCAAAGACGACGAUGUAAUUCUAACUGGCUGGGAAGAAGAUAUUUUGGAUAUUGCCAAAAAAAUAACCCAAGAGCAAAGUCCACGACAGCUGUACGCCAUUCGUAGAAAGCUAAGAAGUCUUAUGAGUCAUGAUGUUCCUGCUGACUUUGUUUACAAGUGUUUGGUACCAGAGUUAACUAAUCUUAUUCAUCACUCGCUCCGACCAGGGGUUGUCAGACUCGACAGGGACUUCAUGAGACCUUGUGAAACCAAAUUUGAAACUAUGAAGCAGCAGUUCUGUCAUGCUCAAAGCAAACAAGCUGAAUCUGAUGAGAAGAGCACCGAUUCAACCAAAAAGAAUACCCUAACUUACUUAAAAGUAGAAGAGUUCAUAGCGAAAUUCAUGAGCUGGUACAAGAAUUGGUGUGAAAAAGACAAUAAGCGGUAG